AUGGUCGAGACAAUGAACACACACACGUCCUGUUACACCAACAGUAUCCUCCAAAGACUCAAGGAUAUCAUUGGUCUCAAUGAUUUCCUGUUCUACGGGAACAUUAUCACCCGAGUCUUCCGAUGCAACAUCAGUGGGUCUGGCUCUUCACCAGCACUGUUUCACAUGCUCAAGUCUAACCCAGAUGCGAUCUUCCUCCACAACGAGAUCGCAACCAUGACGAAAACCGUGCUGGAAAAGUAUAACCUUCCGGUAUUCGAAGACGAGAAGAAUGACGCGAACUCUUCACGCUAUUCCGCAAGCGCAGACGACAGCUAUGGCCACCAGCUAUUUGAUGUUGUGGAUCAUUUCGCGGGUACGGAAGGAGCGCGACCCGCUGAUGCGCAUACCGCGCGAUCUCAGGUCAUGCGGUGUGUGGAGAUGGUGCAGCAAGAGCAUCAGAAGAUCGAGCAGGCAGUCGACGAUGUUGCGGCGGUGCUUGCAUCAAUGGGGGUGGAUACCAUGGCGACGGAUGCAAUGGAGUUAUGA